AUACACUGUUUGCCUUGAUAAGAAGGGCUAGAUUGGUCUUUGAGACUUUCACUGUGGAUUCGCUUGUGCAAUCUCUACUCGAACCGUCGGUGAAGAUGGUAAUGUUAUUCUAUAUGGAUCGAAGAUCGGAUUUCUCUGGAAGAAGUAUAUUGAUACUGACAUUUUCGUCCUUUAUUUGUCUAUAUAUAGAUUAUCACCCGUGAGACUUCUGAUUGACACAUAUUCCAAAAUGGAAUCCCCCAUAUGCCUGAGAAGAAUUGUAUAGCCAUUACAUGACCGAUUUAGCUUUUAUAAGGUGUCAUUUUUUACGCAAACGUUGGCCAUAUGACGCUGAGCUAUGUUGAUGCGGUGCGCUCUUUGCAGGCCGUUGGCCGUUUUUUCUAGGUCGAUUGUACUGGUGCUGGAUAGGAGCCUGGCCUAAUAGAUCAAUUGAUGUUGUCCAGGAGUCUCCUUGGUGUCGACCCUUGAGAAGACCACAAUGCGUCAAACAUGUAUGCAAGACGAAGUGGUGGUCGGGAUAUCACAAGGUGAUAUGGACUUUCUUUUCUUUUCCUUAUAUUAUUGCAUAUCCCUCGAGCGAUCACCUAUAGAUCUUAAACAAUAUUGAGCCGGGGAUGAACAGAGAUGGUCCGUCGAGCGCAAUAAUCCCCUCGAAUUUAAUGAGCGCUGGCCAUUCGGAUCAACGGGAACUACGAGCAUCCACCGCAUUAUCCGUCUUGCAGACAAGGCUGAGCCUGUCGAGUUUCGAGUAAGACAAACAUUAGUGAGAGGUAUGGGAGUGCUGGCGUUGCCAGUUUCACCAUUAAUCUGCGCUGCAUAUUGCAACAGCACGUAUGUAAUAUGACAGCCUAUAUUUUACAAGUAUGACAACAGAAAGGUCCACCUAACUUCAUGUUGAGAGAGAGAGCCUAUCUGGACGAGAAAAGGCAGGUAGACAGAUAUGGGGAUAGGUUCUAGCCCUAAUCGCGGCUGUAGUGCCUCAGGGAAGCAAACAAAUGACGUAGCGGAGAAGAAGGAAAGAGAAGUGUCCGACGAGACUCGAGGAAUAAUAGGACAACGAUGCCUGCUGCCAAUAGCAUCGCCGGUUUUCGAGUUCUGCCGGCGUGGCCUUCCCAAGAACGAGCCGUCAGUCAUCGACGAUGGUUUGCAAGUUGAAACCGGCACAGGAGUGCACAAGCAUGGCCGGCAUCAAUGGGCUGGCCUGACCUCGUCGCACGAACGAGUCGGAGCCGUGGAACGAUAGUUGGACAGUGGACAGUAGACAGUAGACAAACCCUGUUGCUGCGCUGGAAGGGAAAAGCGAAGAGGAACAGCAGUUCCCCAGAGGGAAGGCGCUCCUGACGUGGGAAAACAUCACUCCCGACACCAUACAUUACAUUCUCCUUGCCCCAUGCUUCAUGCUCCAUGCUCCAUGCUCCAUACACGAUACGCGUUUGAUGCAGACAGCCUAUCCUAUCGGCGCUCCGAUUUCCUUGCGAUCCGGCGCCUGGCGGGUGGCACGUCCUGCUCUGACAGCCAAACUAACUGACUGGCCCGCAGCAUAGCCGCUGCAAUCUCUGCCUGUCUGUCGAUGCAAUGUCACGAAAAAGCAAUGCUUUCUUCACGCCUCUUUUUGGCGCCCGAAAAACUAAUUAAUCAAUGGCGGCGAAAGCUGCCCUGCCGAUCAAGAGCUUCGGGCCUCAAGCCUGGCAAGACGCGUGGGCUGCACAGCGAAUGAAGACGCCGUGAUGAGGAGGGGCGAGACAACUAACGUGGCGUCUCGAGCACCAUUCUAAAUGCAUCUCUCUCCCUGAUGCCACGGCACCCGCCAGCCUGUCUGGCUGGCGAUGUGGAAUGGUCGUGGACUAAUGGGACAGGCCUGCUCCCCAUGUUCGCUGCUGGCGAUUUUCGCCUUAGAGAUGCCUGCGACAUGCCAGGCAGCAAUUUGUGCAGCAAUUUGUACAGCAAUUUGUACUGCAACACAUACCAUGCCAUCCAUCUUCUUCACGCUUUCUCGGGUGUCCACCAGCAGGGAGAUGUACGUAUCUGAGGUUGAUUGCAGUCUGCAUCUCAUCAUGCUUGCAAGCCUAGCGUCAAAGAGAGAUGUGACAGGACAGGACAAGGUCGGCCAAGCGACUUGUGUUGUACCUGACAGCAACACUCCUCUAGAACUUGCAUGAGAAGCUUGCUGCUUUCGUUGACCAGGGUCACUUCACCCCCAUGUUUGUACCCUAUUUCAUCCCACCUUCCCUGCCUCAUACCCUGCCCUGUCCUCCCCUGUCUCGGUGCUCUCGACU